AUGUCUAUACGCGGGCCUAUGAAGCGCUCACACCUAAGACAGGUGAGCGCAGCUAGUCUAGAUACUCUCUCCACAUCUCGCUCCUUGGGAGCACUCUCGCAUGAUAGCCCCAGUGAUCACCCCUCGACGCCAGAUGAAAGGACUGUCCGUUUAUCCUCUACUAUCUUGGACCGACGACAAUGUUCUCUUUGGGUCCAUGAUGAAGCCUUCGCCAAAGAGGAAAUCUUAUUCAAUCCGGCCGCCUUCGGUGACACGGAGGUGAACGUCGGCGAUGUCGUCGAGAUUCUGCCUGUUCGGCAUCACGGGGAUGGCGCGCAGCCUAAGACAGAUAUCGGUUCAAGAUCAUUGCGUGAUAGCCAUGUCGACUCGAGCUCAACGCUCCAUUCGGAUUCGAUGUCGAAGUUCAAAACUCCGCUCCAGAACCGUUGUCUGUUUGUGGUCAAAUCUCUCCCGCAUGAUAUCAAAACGCGACACCCGAAGCUGGAAAUAUCGGUGACUACCAGUAUCGCCAACACAUUUGGAUUUAAAAACAGAUCCACGGUUCAUAUCUCUAUUGUGGAUCGUACCCAGUGCGCUGCCUCUCAUGUGGACAUUGCUUUCCGAGAUCAGUUCAUGGUCCGCUCUGACAUGUGGAGAUUGGUUAUGUCGGAACUGGCAGAGAAGAUCGUUUACAAGGGACAGAAAAUUGUAUUCAUGGGUAGUAUCAAGGCCACUGUAAAGAGCAUCUUCAUUCGAGGCAAGAAGGUUCUCUCAGGCUAUUUCUCUCCCCAGACCAUCCCGGUAUUCCGCAGCGAAUCGGCAAAAUAUGUCUUGUUCAUCCAAAUGUCUAGAGAGAUGUGGAAUUUCGACUCAGAAGGAACGGGCGACAUACUCUUUAGCCGUGUGAUAAAUGGGUUUUUACCAGAGCUUUUUAAGCGAUGGGCGAAUUCAGACGUGAGGCAUCUGGUUACCAUUGUGCUAUUUACCCGAGUUGAGUACGAUACCUCAGCCAUAGGACCCUCUUCCACACUCAGCUCGGAGAAUUUAAAAAACAUGGCCAACCCGAAUAACGUCCCUACGCGAGAUUUUUAUCGAGUAGUAGUCAAUGAUAUGGCAAGCGGACAUUGGACUACGAUCUUGGACGAGUUGAAAAAGGAUUUUAGGACAUUCCUGAGGGAUGUUUCAAUUCUCAGGCCGAAUGAUACUGAUACAAUCACAAUCCCCGGGUUGAAGGCUUCCAAACAGGAUCAGCCCCCAACUAUUGCAGGGCGACCAAGUACGGCUCUUCGUGGCAAUAUUCUAGAGGCAAUCCACUUAGCAUCUUCUCACCUAGCCUAUGACCAUAUCGACCGAGACAUGGUACAUACCGGCACCUCGAUCAUCGUCAUAACUCCGGGAAGCGGUGUUUUCGAGGUAUCUUAUGAGUCGUUAGCAUCUACCACGGAGGCACUCACAAAUCGCGGUAUUGCUAUUGACUUAGUUUGUCUCAGCCCUAUGCCGCUCCAUUCCGUGCCUUUGUUCAAGUACCGAGAGCCAGUUCGAAGGCCGUCGAGCUCCUCAUUUGUUGAGAUUCAGAAUGGAGGAUUCUCUCCUGAGAUGCGUCACUCGUUCGCAAGCUUUGCGAAUCGGUCAUCUCAUAUUUCCCCCAAAUCUACUAUACACGAGGGGUUGGGCUUCAGGGGACAUUGGCAAUCAGGUUCUCGUGACUGGAGUUACGGAAUUCCUCAUUGGUUAGACAUAUCUUAUUGGAAUCCCGAAACCUACAGAGAGUCUCGACGAAUACUGAAGAAAGACCCCAACGCCCCAAUCCCAUUCACUGUAACAAAAAAGUCCAAAAUUUUCGUACCCAGGGUUCGCAUGUAUGAAAUCCAGAUGAAUGGGAUCAUGGAGAGUGAACAAUCCAACAUUUCAAUUCCUUACCUUUUCGAAGGGCAGAAAGGCACCCAACGUUCCAGCUCUGGAGUUAGCUUGAACCCGGCCAGUUUGGCUCCAACUAAAACCCCUUUUAUUCGCAACUCCCCCUUCAGGUACCAGCUAGGCGACAGCUUACGACCAGAUCCGUUUCUUCAGAACAUGGGGAAUCCCAAGGACAUGAUGUUGGCAAAGUCAAGGAAGGCUUCCUCAAAUUCAUCACUUGCAUGGAUGGACAAUUACGAUGACAGCGUGUUCAUACCGCUUCCGAAGCGACGCCAACGCCGGAAACCUUCAAAAGCGAAACGGCCUAGUGAGCCUGAUGUCCUGGUUUCCAGUGCGCACGAUCGAAUAUCUGCUAGAUCCAUCUCACAUCUACGAAAGCAUGAAACUUUUUCCAACGAGCGCGAUCAUCCCACAAGCUCGGAGCCUCGAAAAGUCGAUGCAUCUUUGGUUGUCCCCAAGAGCCCUGUCUCUAUUAAAAGUGCUUCUCCCAAAAAGCCAGCUUUGAAGGCCCCAUCGGCUGUGAAAUUACCGCGCAUAUCACGUACAAUCAGCUUUGCACUUCGCGGGCUAAGCUCUGCUCCGCCUAGAGCCCAGGCGAGCACUGAGAUCAAUGUGGAACACGCCAGAGGCUUACCAACAUCAAAUCAAAAAAGAAUCACAGGGAUGUUUGCUGAUACUAAAAGUGUUGAUUCCGCCAGCAUUUCUGACGCUGCAUCAACGUCAACAGUGAUUGACAUAUCGGCUCCGCCUGCAACACCUCAAAAGCCCAUAGAGAGCUCCUCCAUAACGCCGUCUCAGCCUAUAUCUAUCAAAGCGCCUCCGAAGCAGCCUUCCGAAGACCUGGAGCAGCCAGAACGCCCUGAGAUCACGGAAUCAUUUUCCACUACUGGCACUGAGAUUCCUCUAAAUGAGGAUGUCCUUCAUGAGCCUCAAGAGAAAAAGCGUGGCCCCAAAUUCGAGUUAACAGUAAAUGGUGGCCUACGUGGGACAUCAUCCAAAUCCUCACAUAACAAAGCACUGGCCCCUUGGGUUCGUUCGAUUAAUCCAUGCAAUACACCCAAAGAUGUCUUGCGGGAUACCUCUUGGUUUGGGCGAUGGCAACAUGCCUAUCCAAGACCGCCUCAUGUCGCUGUGGUCAAAUGGAAGAGUUUGAAGUCCCCUGCUAUCCUACCUCUUACAACAGAAGAAUUUCCAUCCGCGACUGAGCUUUCCUCAGAUUAUUUGCAAACGCCUUAUCGUGUUUUCCCGAACGACGACCCCGAAGGCAUUGAAGUCCCAAAAACUAGGGGUGCGCUUCUGCGUGAAAUGAUAUCCUUACGUCUUUCUCACGGAUUCCAGAUUGUGGUCGGGAAGACUGUAGUUGAGGUAUCCGGACAGCACUCGCUGCAAUCGCCAAAUGUUUUUGACACUCAAGAGCUGGAAAAAGACGGUGCUACUGUUUUCUUGUCUAAAGGCAACUCUAUCCAUAGGUUGAUCUGCAUUGGUGGCGCGGAGAUUGAGGUCACACGGUUCACCCAUAGAAUAUCCUCGACUCUAACGUCUGAGAAGAGAGACCACUUCGGCACAAAUUAUUCGCCUGCAAUGCGGACAAUCCUGAGCCCUGAAUAUAAAAUCAAAAACAUAAGACUCGAUUCGACGGUGGAAGAGUACAAUUGGAACUAUGCAGAUAACUACGUGGCUGGACAUCGUGAUUAUUUAUUUAACCCAGCCCAGCAGCUACAAUUUUGGCGUGUACGCUACGUGCUCAUACCAAUGCAACUGCAUGUCCACUCCCGGCGUCACAUCCAACCUUUCAACGAAGAUAACGAAGAGGAGAUCCAUUUACUCGGAAUUAACCAACUCACACAUAUAUGGCAACGUCACAAAUAUGUUCCUCCAGAAGAGAAGAGAUUCGAGAGCUCCAACAAAAAGAGGGAACAAAAUCCCCUUAACAUUAUGUACCAGACUCGAAAUCCACCAGAAGUGGUAGCAGCAGAGUUAGAUCGGAUCUUGCUUACCGAUCCCGGACUAGACAAUUCCCCGGCGCAGUUGUUACCGGAAUCAGAGUUACUUGAGCGGUCCAAUAUCAGCUUGUCAUCAUUGGCACAGAUAGUCCAGGGUGAUAAGGGUGUUCGGAUGAUGGACCGAAGGUGGCACUGGCGACUUCAUUACAACUGCUUUAUUGGUUUCGAGCUCACCACCUGGCUUCUUCAGAAUUUCCGCGACAUUGACACCCGAGAGGAAGCCGUUGAAUUUGGUAACGAGCUGAUGAAGCACGGUCUAUUUCAACACGUGCAGAAGCGACACAAUUUCCGGGAUGGUAACUACUUCUAUCAAAUCUCAAGCGAGUAUCGAGUCUCUCGCCCAGAGUCCCGCGGGAGCUGGUUCCCUCAGAUACUAUCCGAUAGAUCAGUUCCAUCUACCCCUGCAGGCGAGCGUCCGAGAGACUCCAUCGCCAGUGGUCAAUCCCGGACCAACAGUAUAGAUGACACCGUACCGCAAACACCAAAUACCCCGUCCAAAUCGAAGAACAAAGCUACCAUUAUGCUAUCCAAGUCGAUGAAAUACGAUGUCGACCCCCGCAAAAGGUCAAACCGGCCUGAGGUUAUUGACCUCCACUACGAUCGACUGCAUAAUCCAGAUAAUUGCUUUCACAUUGAGCUGAGCUGGAUGAACACCACUGCGAAAUUAAUUGAAGAUACUGUGCUCUCAUGGGCAGCCACGGCGGAAAAGUUCGGGCUCAAACUUGUUCAAGUUCCUAUUGCUGAGGCCUGCGCUAUUGACGAGACGCAACCGUUUCGAAAGCCACAUGUGGUCCAACUCAGAAUUCCCCCUCCGAGGCCUCCUGCUCCUACCAUAUUCAACCAAGGAUCAUUCUCGCAGCAGGGCACACCGGAUCGUCAUUUCUUUCAUAGGGCCCUCCUGCGAAAAUUUGAAUUCAUCCUGGACUUUGAAGCCGGAUCUGCGUUCCCUGCCGACGUCGAAGUGACUUACUCCUGGGGAAUACCAGAAUACCGUUACCCACAAUUUAUCCAUCGAACCGGUAGCAUUUUGGCCCAGAUUACCGAAAAUGGGGACUUUCUCUUCCUGGCCAAUCGGCUCGUUAGCACAAGAGGUGCCGCUAGUCGGGAAAUGCCCAGACACGACAGAACUGAUCAAUACCGAGCACGGUCGAGUACUUAUGACCCGAUGGAUCGUAUAUCGCCUCGACUGUGUCCCAUUGUCCGCCCGACUCACGAUGUGAGCAGCCCCAUCAGCCCUCAGAAUCAGAGCAGCUUAGACUCGGCCAACCUCUAUCGUGCCCCCGAACUUAUUCUUAACGCGUUUGCGGACUUCUGCAACGAUCAGGCUAAGCUCGAACAAUUCUACAGCGAAUUCUUCGUUCGUCCAGCAUCAACCAAAGUCGAACCCACCGUCACCUCACUUAUGGAUGCCUCCAUUCCUUCGCUUGAACUGCCGGCGAGUGUCGUCAGCCAUCAUAUCUCGCCUCCACCUAUGCUAUCAAGAAAUGCCCAGAAUUCGACGCUAUCAUCAAUUGACCCUAUACAACACGCCCGAGAUGAUGCCAAGGGGCCCCGAGGGAGUCCACGAAUCCAAAAUGACGUUCACCGAGGGAAUGUGGCAUCUUUGAGUGAAGGGAUCCUAGGUCUGAAGGCCGUACUUGUCGAGUACGAGUGGCUGACACUCUUUCGCAGGAAGACUUUGCUUUCACGUGCUAAGGGCGAUAUCACUGGACAUUCGUCGCGAUCUAUCGGAUACGUCGGUGACCAAACGACAGGAAACUCCCGUUGGGAUGAUGGAAACUUCUUUGAACGUCAAGGGUACACGCUCGCAGCUUUAGAUCUCGGCAUGGGAGAGAAGAUACAUGACCUUGGAGAGAGGUUCGGUCACUUGGUUAAAAACAGCCAGAGCGUCGAUAUCAAGAAUGAAGACGGUGGGACAUCGUCCGAACUAGCCUACAAAAACAUCCCACUCUACAUUAGUUCAAAAGGAUGGUGUUUUUAUAAACAAUCUAGGAAAAGUCAGUCUCGAAUUACAAUCAGAACGAACCACCAGAUUCAAUGUGUCGAUCGCCAGCGAGGAACUAGAAUACUUCAUCAUUUACGGAAACACGCCCAAGGAUAUUCUGGCCAGGUAUACGGUCUUGACUGGACGUCCCAGCCUGGUGCCUUCCUGGAGUUACAAUUUGUGGCUAACUACCACUUCAUGACCAACUAUAACUGGCAAACUGUCACCAGUUUCCUGAAUGGCUUCCGGGAUCGUGACAUCCUCUUAGGCUUCUUCCACUUUGACGGUUUCUGGAUGAAGUCUUACCAGUGGUGCGACCUUGAGUUUGACUCCGAAAUGUUCCCCGACGCUGCUAACUGCCUCAGGCGCCUUAAAGACCGAGCCCUACUCAUCAGUCGCACAGAUGGCUCCGUCUGGCAGUGGGACUACUGGCAAACCGGCAUGGCCAUCGUCGACUUCACCAACCUAGACGCCUGCGGCUGGUUUUCAUCUCACCUCCGACGACUCAUGGACAUGGGUGUAGCUUCGCAGAGCGCAUCCCAUACCGAAACAUCCAAUACGACAACGGCUUCGACCCUAGUCGUCUACGAGACUAUCAUCGACUGCUACAGACCCUAUAAAAGCCUCCUAUUUGCUCGCAGCACUGGCCCGGGCGGCCAAGCCUUUCCCAUCCACUGGGGCGGCGACUGCGAAAGCGCCUACCAAGCCGUGGCGGAGGCUUUCCCCGGUGGUCUAAGUCUCAUGCUAUCUGGGUACAUCUUCUGGGCGUCGGACAUCGGUUCUCUUCGUUGCGGGUCCCCUGGAUCUAUGGUGAAGACUGUGUCGUGCUCCUCGACGCCGUCAACCGGAAAAAUCCUCCUCAUGCCGUACAUCCUCACAGAGGCGCUUCUGGCCUAUUCCCAGGGAAACGAGCUCAUGAGACCCAUGUUCCUGGAAUUUCCAGAGGACCUGAACACCUACCCACUUGACACGCAGUACAUGUUCGGCAGGGAUCUGCUCGUGGCUCCUGUCUUCUUGGACGAAGGCACCGUGACGUUCUAUGUCGCCCCGCACUCCGGAGGAAGACGGGGCUGGAAAUGUCGGGAAAUGGGUCUCGUGGUUCGAUCAUUCCAAGACAUACGAGUCUGGUCGCUGGUAUACCGAGACUCGUGGGAUUGA